AUGAGCUCAUUAGCUUCUUCACCGCGAUCAUCGCCGGAGCCGGCGGCGCGGUACCUGACGCCGUCUUCGCAGGAAGGCGAGGAUUCUAUCCGCCAAGACUGCCCUCCCGCGAAAAAGAGGAGAGGCAACCCACUACCAAAAGAACGCACUACACAGUAUUUGAAGCUGUCACAAUCAUCUGACACUCAGAAGGAUCAGGCUAAAUUACUCGUCGAAACCCUUCGCCAUCAAAAAGAUAUUGUCGUUAUUGCCGGUGCCGGCAUCUCCACCUCGGCGGGUAUUCCGGAUUUUCGCUCCACAGAUGGCCUUUUCAAAUCUUUGCAGAAAAAACACAAUUUGAAGGCUUCUGGUAAAUUACUGUUCGAUGCUGCUGUCUACCAAGACGAUGCCUUGACGGCCCCCUUUCAUGAGUUGGUCCGGUCGCUCAAGAUUGAGUCGGAGAAGACUAAACCCACCAAAUUUCACCAAAUGCUCGCCCGUCUGGGUAAGGAGAACAGAUUAAAACGUCUGUAUACUCAGAAUAUUGAUGGUAUCGAAACAUCUAUGGAGCCCUUACAGACACAAAUUCCGCUUCCAGUUGGUAUCAAGAGUUCAUGGCCUGUGACCAUUCAGCUUCAUGGUAGCAUCCAAAAAAUGGUAUGCCAGAAAUGCCGCCACCUAUCUGAUCUCGAACCCAAUUUGUUUCUGGAAACCGAUCCCCCGGAGUGCGGACAGUGUGCCGAGAAUGAUAGAAAUCGCCGCAUCGCAGAGCAGCGCAGCCAUGGUGUAGGCCGUCUGCGUCCACGAAUUGUUCUCUACAAUGAGCAUAACCCAGACGAGGAAGCCAUCACCUCCGUGAUGAAUUCGGAUAUCAAGUCACGACCCCGCGUUCUAGUAGUCGCAGGCACAAGUCUGAAGAUUCCAGGUGUCCGACGUCUGGUAAAGAGUCUGUGCACAACCAUCCGCACACGAAAGAACGGUGUGACCAUGUUUAUCAACAAUGAACCUCCUGUUGGUAAGGAGUUUGAGAACUGCUUCGAUUUGAUUGUUCAGGGAAAUACGGAUCAGGUGGCCGAUCUGGUGGGAUUAAAGAACUGGAAUGACUGCACCCCUUACGAAUCAUUAUUGCCAGAUCCUGUCUUCGGAGAGAAGCAAACCCCAGAGCCAGAAGCAGACUCUCAAAAUGUCUCCGUCAUCAUCACUCCUAAGAAAAAGCGUACCAUCGAAGAGACUGGCCUCCUCACGCCUUCUGCCAGUCACGAUGAGAAGCCCGAGCCAGCGGCUAAGAAGAUUGCCAAACCCAAGUUGGCCAAUCCAGCCAGCAAGGGCACCAAGAUCACCGACAUGCUCAACCGAGGCAAGGCCACCACUGCUCCGGCUAAGCCUAAGGCAGUUCGUAAACCUGCCACUGCUCCUAAAAAGCGAGGCGGCAAGGCCGCGGCCGCAAAGCCUACCAAGCCUAUCACCACAUUUGGAACCGUGGCCAAAUCAGUCGCUGCGCCCGUAGCUAGUGGAAAGAAAGGCGGCAAGGCUCUCACUCCUGUCAGUCUGUUCCCGAAUCUUACCAAAGUGGUUGAUACGGACAUCACCAAGGGCGUUGCGACAGAUACUCCCCCUGUUACUGAAUGCCUCAGUUAA